CCCUAAACUACUCAGCCCAAUUACCAAAAAAAAAAAAAGAAAAAAAAAAACCUGAUCUCUCCCUCCUCUCCCCUCUCUCAAACCCCUAAAACCGUAGACGUAGAACCCCUCGCUUUCCUACGCCGCCGCCGCCGCCGCCGCCGCCGCCGCAGCCGACGAGUGGCGGCAAGAGUUCGGCUAUGAGGAUCGCACGGGGACCGUAAAUAGCUAUGAUCGCCAUGUAUCCUUCCGCCACAAGUCGCCGGAGGAGUGGGCGCCAAACGUCGAGGCGGCGGCAGUGGUGGGGCAAGAGGAGUCCGGUGACCGCCUCCUGGCUGUGCUCGCGGUGGCGCUGAAGGCGCAGAAGGAGGAGAUAAAGAAGAAGAUUUAGUAUCUAGGAUGCGUUUCGUUUGCUCCUAAAUAUCAAAAUCGAUGAAAGAUGGACAAAUUUGCUAGGUGAAUGUUUGUAACAUCAAGUGCUAGUCUUGAUCAUGAUAACCAUCCAGUUUUAUGGAUUGCAAGGAUAGAACCAAUCACAGCUCUGUUUUGCUGCCACACUCCUUUGCCAACCAAAGCAGCUGAAAGAGUGCAAAAUGUGGCAGAUAAAGUGCAAGCGGUGCUAUUACUACUGGGAGGGUGUGAAGUGCCCUCUAGUGCAGUUACUUUGGCGGUCCCCUCUCUCAAUGUAGACGAGAGUAUGACAGCACCUACAAGUCGGAUUGCUUCUCUAAAUAGGUUUCGCGAGAAGAGAAAGGAAAGGUGUUUUGACAAGAAAAUUAGAUAUGCUAUCCGCAAAGAUGUUGCUCUCAGCCUGGCUCACAUUGAACAUGCAUCACAUAUCUGCACUCGUUGGGUACAGCAGGUGUUGUUGUGCAUCAGAAUUUAGAACCUCUGAACAUAUUAUGUGAAUGCCCGUAUAUACCUCUAUAUAAACAAAAGAAGAAGUAAUUGUAGACAAAGACAGUUGCAGGAAAAACUGGGCCUAUUUUUGCUGUGCUUCUAUUGUCUGGAAUGUAACUCAAAUUCUGCACAAUUGAAUAAUCAAAUGAAUAUAUAUAUAGACACACACGGCGUAAUGAGAUAGUGCGAGAAAUGCUUCAAAUUCAGUUAAUCAUAGUGGCAGCUCAAAGUGCAAAAAAUUUACAUGGGGUAAAGAAAUUGUUAGUUCCAAUCCAAUCCAUUUUAAGACAGUUAUAUGCUGAUAAGAAUUGUCAUUAAAACUAAGUGUGUGAUAAUCAUUAGGUCGCAACAACUUAUGUAAAAGGAACUUCAGUAAUUUCAGCACAUUAAUACUUGGUGGCACAGUUUCCUAGACAGCCUUAUAGCCCUCUUGAGUGAGUUGUAAAUGUCUUAAUUUCUAGUUUUAUAUCUGCCCCCCCCCCCAUUUCUUUUCUCUAUGUUACGUGCUAAACUGACUAUUUAAAUUAGCUUUUUUUGACACUAAUUGUGGUAGAUUUACUCUCAGGCUCUAUUUGGUUCGGAGUUAAGCAAAAGCUAGUUAUUUCAGAGAUAGGAUUAAGUUUGAAUUUAGUCAUACAAAUUGGUUGUAUGGUAUAGCUUUUUAUAUAUUAAUAAGCUGUAGAUAUAAAUUUUAUUAAAAUUUUAAAAAUUUUCUUUUAUUAUCUACCCGCUGUAUCGUGCAGUCCUUAUACUAUUAUAGAAUUA